AUGGAAAACAUGAAGCUCAGAAAACACACUCACACAUUCAUAGCCAAUUCACACACAGCUUCCCUAGCCAUGCACAAAGAUUCUCACAUAGUGUCCAAAAGCAAGCCCAAGAUACGCAUAAUUCACAUAUUUGCACCCGAGAUAAUUAAGACCGAUGUUGAGAACUUCAGGGAGCUUGUGCAAAAGUUAACUGGGAAACCAAGUGGAGAAACCAAGUGUUGCAAGAAAAAGAAGACCAGGGUCAUAGCAAAAAGAGAGCAAGAAUCAAGGAGUAGCAGUAGUAGUGGUAGUGGCGUUUCAGAGGAUCACACCAAAAAGAUUGAGAUGAGGAAUAAUAUUUGUGGUGGGUUUUGGGGAUUGGAUGUGACAAGGGAAAGAGUCAAAGAAGAAGAGGUAGGAGUUUGUUGUAGUGAUGCAAGUUCUGGUGGGUAUUUGGGAGGCUUCUCGGAUUUGGAAGGGUUCAUUUCUGAGAUUAAUGGUGGAUUUCCUUUGCUUCCUUUAGAUGGUAAUCAUUUGAUGCAAGGGUUUGAAGAAUCUCAACUUUUAUAG